AUGCCUCCCAAUCCGUAUAGUUUGGAACCAGCUGCACUUCUCUGGAUUCAACCAGCCACAGUUUUGGAUAUAUACUAUUAUUACUUUCAUGGCUUUUUUGAUAUCAAUGUUGAGAAUUGCAAAAACCCAUCAUGGCCAAUUGAGCUACCAGGACUGCCAUUGGUAAAGACCCAUGACCUUCCCUCCUUUGUAGUUCCUUCAAACUCAGACAAAUUCAAUCGUCUCCAAUUCUUUAAAGAGCAGGUUGAAACGGUAGAUGAAGAAACCAAACCAAUAAUUCUUGUUAACUCUUUCGAUGCACUAGAACCAGAGGCCUUAAAAGCCAUCGAUAAGUACAAUUUGAUUGGGAUUGGGCCGCUAAUUCCUUCUGCUUUCUUAGAUGGAAAAGACCCAACCGACACUUCUUUUGGGGGUGACCUUUUUGACAAAUCAAACACCUAUAUCCAGUGGCUGAACUCGAAGCCUAAAUCAUCGGUUGUUUAUGUAUCGUUUGGAAGCAUUUUGUCUCUACCAAAGAGGCAAAUGGAAGAGAUUGCACGAGGGUUGUUAAAGAGUUGUACGCCAUUUUUGUGGGUAGUUAAAGCAAAGGAGAACGGAGAAGAGUAG